GAUUUCUCAAUCAUUACUUCUUUCUUUCAACCAACGCUAGAUGGCCUAGUAUUUCGCACAUGCCACAUCGUGUCGUCUGCUUGUUAGUAAGGGGUAAGGGGAAAACUAGAUUGUUAAGAAUACAAUUUUCACAAAAAUAAAAUACCCAGUCAAGAUGUCAUCUUGGACUGCGCUUCGCAGUUUUGCCCAGGUCGCAAGUGUUCAUAUCGGAAACCGGUGCAUGAUCCAACAGCAACAGAGACUGAUUUGCAGUUUGACGCCCGUUGGCUCUUCCCUGCUAGUUUCUCGUGUGCCUUUGUUAAAUCAGCAGAGGUUUGCGGCAAGAAAAGGAACAAGAGAACGUAAAGGCAAGAAGAAGGUCAAAGCAGAAAUUGCCAAGAAAGAAGAGUUUGUUCCCUACAAAGUAAAACUAGCUAGACUGCAUGUGCCAGAAGGUCCAAGGCGCCUUGUUGAAAUAAACAAACCAGAAGUAGUUGACGAUGUGUACUUUACAAAACACUUUAUGAAUGUACCCAUAAGUCUGGUGGAUGCAGUGCAAUUCCAUCGUGAAACAAACCACCCCUCUGUUUAUGAUAGUCCCGAGGCCUUGGUUACCAUGAAAGUGGAACUUAACAUGCAACUUGAAAAGAAGAAUCGAUACUUGGACAACUUCUCCAGAAUAGUGCUUUUACCCCACAGUUUUGAAUAUCAACCAGUACGCAAGGUACUUGCAUUUUGCAAAACUCAAGAAACACAGGAGGAUGCAACCAAAGCCGGUGCUGAUGCAGUCGGUGGUCUCGAUCUCGUUAAACGCAUACAGUCUGGAGAAGUGCCUCUUUCCGAUUACGAUUACUUUGUUGCGCACACUAACAUGAUGGCAGAAAUUCUUCCAUUAAGAGGGCUCUUAAAAAGAAAACUGCCCAACGUUAAGAAUGGCUCCGUGGGAGUCGAUAUGCCAAAGAUGAUUCAACUUUUUUCGAAAGGCAUAGAAUUUGCCAGUACCAGGGAUGCCUACGAACUUGAUUACGGGUUGGUAGAAGUCCCUUUUGGAAGGUUGACCAUGCCAAUGGAGGAGCUGGAGGCUAAUUUCUCCAUCAUUCUGAAGGACAUCGAAUCUUGUCGAGCAAGAACUUCUGGAUCUUUCGUCACUCGCUGCUACGUGCUUUCUCCUCCAUCUCCCGAAUAUUUCGUCGUGAAGACAGAGGCUUACAUAAAGAAGAAAGCAGAGGACACUUCAUCUUCGUCCUCGUCUGAUGACGAUAGCGACAACGAGAACGAAAAACCCGACGAAGAAGAAGGACAGAAUACAUCUCGGGCCCGAGUUGCUAAGCAGUAAAUAGAAAGCCAAGUUAUUUUGAACGACAAAGGAGCGAAAAGAUACGCUUUACUUGAAAAUAGAACUUAGUCAUCCAGUU